AUGGCUUCUCCCUCAAUCACCCUCGAUCGCAUCCUAGCUGCUGUUCCCGUCACCAACCGCGGCCAGCCAACUCAGCUCUCGACCGACUCCAAGGGUCAAAGGAUAGCUUAUCCCUGCGCCAAGUCCAUCUUUGUCCGCUCCAUCGACGACCCUUCAGACUGUCAAGAGUACACCGGCCACACCGCCCCGACCACCGUCGCUAGAUUCUCUCCUAAUGGCUUCAAGGUUGCCAGCGGUGAUGCCACUGGCGUGCUCAAGGUGUGGGAGCCCGCGUCCAUCGACAGCACAAGGGGAGAGUAUGGUAUCAUCUCAGGUCGCCUAAAUGACAUUGCCUGGGACGGCGAGUCGCAGCGUGUCAUUGCUGUUGGUGAUGGUCGCGAGCAGUUUGGACGCUGCAUCACCGCUGACAGUGGAAACUCUGUCGGCGAGAUCAUUGGUCACUCCAAGUCCGUCAAUGCCGUUGCUAUGAAGCCCCAGCGACCAUUCCGUGCUGCCACCGUUGGCGACGAUGGCAACAUGGUCUUCUACCACGGAGCCCCAUACAAGUUCAACAACAAGAGUGCUCAGCACACUGGCUUCGUUCUCGGCGCUGCCUACUCCCCCGACGGAACUACCCUGGUCACUGUUGGAGCCGACAAGCGGAUACAGCUCUACGACGGCAAGACGGGUGAGCCUACCAAGGAGAUUGGUCAGGGCGAGCACACAGGAAGCAUCUUUUCUGUGUCAUGGUCGCAGGACAGCAAGAAGUUCGUGACGGCCAGUGCCGACCAGACCGUCAAGCUGUGGGAUGUUGAGGCGGGCAGCGUCAUCCAGAGCUGGAAGUUUGGCGAGGACGCCAGUGUUGGUGAUCAGCAAGUCGGUGUCGUCUUUGUCCACGGCCGGACUGAUGGACUUAUUAUCAGCCUGAACCUUGAGGGUCACCUCACAUAUCUUGCCGAGGGCAAGUCGGAACCAAUUCGGGUUGUCUAUGGUCACAGCAAGAGCAUUACUGCCCUGGCCACUGGGUCUAACGGCCAGGGCUCUGAUAUUUGGUCUGGCAGUGUCGAUGGCCGGGUAUACCAUUGGGACGUCAAGUCAGGCAUUGCGAGUGUGGUUGAUGGCCAGACACAUACAAACCAAGUCGCCCAGGUUGCGACCGUUGAUGGCAAGGCUUUCAGUGCUGGUUGGGAUGAUACACUGCGAAUCAUUGACGAGUCAGCCAAGACGUUCCUGGGAACUUCGGUCAAGCUGCCGGCGCAGCCAAAGGGCGUGAGUGCGUCCAACGGUCUCGUUUACGUCGCAACCUACUCUGGUGUUUCUGUCUACUCUGGCGAGAAGCUGGUGAAGGAGCAGAGCUUGGACUUCACCCCGGGUGCCAUCGCGGCAUCUGGCUCCCUGGUUGCCAUUGGAGCUGACCAAAACUCGGUGCGCAUCUACACAGCUGGAUCUGGUGGUGCGCUUGAGCCGGUCAAGACCCUGACCAACCCUACUGGAACCAUCACAGCCCUGGCCUUCUCCAAGGACGGCUCUCAUCUGGCUGCCGGAAACAGUGUUGGCAAGAUUUAUGUCUACAACAGUGAUAGCUGGGACCUCGCGACGGACCGCUGGUCGGCCCACACUGCGAGAGUCACCUCGAUCGCCUGGGACGACACAGGUGCCUAUGCCGCGAGCGGCAGUCUCGACACCAACAUCUUUGUUUGGUGCCUGGAGAAGAGGAACCAGGGAAAGCGAAUCAAGGCUGCCAAUGCUCACAAGGAUGGCGUCAACGGUGUUACCUGGGUCGAGGGCGGCAGGGUUGCCAGUGCAGGAGGAGAUGCAAACGUGAAGAUCUGGAACGUCCAGAAUUUGCCUUGA